UUGAAUAACUAUUAAAUGUAUUUAAUUUCAAAAUAAUAUUGUAGUUUGAUUUUAAUAAUAAAAUGAAAAGUCAACUAGUUUUUAAUAUUUUCAUUGUUUUAUUAUAUCUAUGCACUUUGGUCAGCCUACUUACAGCAGCUGAAAUUGGCGAAACAUCGUGCCGGUAUUUAGGUGAAAUGGAAAAAGAUGGUCAAAAAUGUCGCGAAGACGUGGUGAAAGUAGAGCUACUUCCACCAAAAUGCACGUCUUUUGUGUAUAAUGGAGUUACAUGUAAACCAAGUUAUAGAAUCGAGUUUAAUGACGUGAUGUACGGAUUAGAACGCUUACGAACACUUCUAAAUUUUGAUAAGCCGGCGAAAAAUGUGUACUUAUUUUAUUCACAUGGAUACACAAUUGACUGGCAUAAUAUGCUUUCGAAAGGAGAUUUUAAACUUGUGAGUAAAAUUGUACACGAUUUUGUUCAGAAGUAUCGUGUGAAAGGGUUGAUUCUGGAAGGAAUUGAUCAUGCAUAUGAAAAUAAAACUGUUGGUGACAUGUACCAGAACUUAACCGAUUACGUAAAUACUAUUAAAGGUGAUAAUCCAAAUUUGGAAAUUGGGUUUUAUUUGAGUGCUAGAACUUUCAUAGCAUUUGAAAGAAAUAAGGCCCGUAACAGUACAAACGAUGAAAUUGAUGAUGGCGAUGACGGUGUCAGUACCGAUAACGAUGACUGUUACAAACCACCUUAUUUUGAUUUCUCAAAGAUGAAUUCAAUUAUGGAUUUCUACUUAAUUGAAUUUCAUACUUUUAACAAAUGUACGCCUGAUUUAUUACGUGGUGGAAUUACACCUUUGGAAUCAUCGAACUCGUAUAUUUAUUCAUUAAACAAUUUUGCAGCACUUUUAGCAAAUUCAACCAUUGAUAAGGAAAAAUUAUACUUUGAAUUCUUAAUAAGUCCUAUACCGUUGACCAAUGAAAUUGGAAAUUUCCCGAAUUGUGAAAUAUCAUAUAACGAGUAUUGUGAAAACGAAGAUGACAAAAAAAGUAAAUUUUGUGCCGAUGACUCAGAAGCAUUGUACCAAAAAGGUAACUUUACCCAAACCUAUGCAAAAGGAUUCAUAGGCAUGUAUAUAGAUUUAGUCGAUCGUGAUAAUAACUGUCAUUGUGGAAAGUACAUGGCGUUUGAUAUGAUGGUAAAAGGAUAUAAUGGUGAAACGGAUCCAAAGGAUUGCGAACCAUUACAAAGCUUUUGAAUACUUGAAUUAAUAAUUAUUGUCUUAUACUGUAAUUAGGUACAGUUAAUUAAUUAUAGUGUCUUCUACUAGUUACUUGAUUCUCAUAGAACGAUUAUUUUAUUUUGUUGUAAUCCAAAAACUAUUAAAACCAUCUGUAUACUUGAAAUUUUUUAAGAAAUAAACAAUCUGUGUAAUAUACCUAGAGAACAAUAAGAAAUAAAAAUAUAUGAUAACAGAAGAAAA